CCUGCUUCCUACACACUAAUGGGGGCCGACAUGAGAAGACAGAUCAGUCUGGAGGAGGAUGACGACAUGUUGCAGUACGCCAUCACCCAGAGUCUGCUGGAGGCUGGUAGUGAAGAGGAUCAGGUUGACAUAUGGGAAGCACUGCAGGUCCAGAGGCCAAACACCUCCUGGAUACACUCCUGACGACGAAGAGAAAGCUCUUCAAAGAGCCAUACAGGCCAGCCUGUCUGCGUACCAAGACCUGGACCCCGAACUGCUGGCGGUGAUCCAGCUGUCGCAGGCAGCAAAGAGAGGAGGAAGAGCGACAACUGAAAACUCGAGCAGGAGACACUGGACCAUGUGCUCA